CUGGACUUGCUCCAGAUUACGACGGCUUUUGAUUCAUGCCGGGGAUUAUGUCAGUUACGGUUCUAUGAAUUGAGGGAUGAAUGGCCCGCCUCCUUCCACGAGAGCUUUUCUCUCUAGCGUCCCUUCUCUUCCUACUGGUUUGAAGGUUCGGUUUCUUGGUUGCGUAAAGACUUAUAAUGUCGUUACCGGCCACCUAAUCCUAGAACAUAACUACCCCCGUUGUAAACCAACCCAGGAGCCACCCAGCAUCCCCGUCGAUGUCAACGCCGUUCUGGGAACGGUAACGGCGGACGAGUUGCGGGUUGGGGCGUGGGUUAAUGUGCUCGGUUAUGUGAGAAGAGUAGAGUCCUCGGUCUACGUGGAGGCAGUCAUGGUAUUCCGAGCUGGAGCAAUUGCAGUGGGAGAGUACGAAAGGAUCCUGCAUAAUUCAUUGGAAGUGGAUCGAAGGGUGCAGAGGCCUGAAUAAUAUCUUCUUUCAAUUGAUAGGAAUAUGCAAAACAGACUGAAGUUGACUUUGAC